UGCGGAAUUUCUGCAGGACGAGAUCGGGAUUGGGUAGAAAGCCGUGCUUGUAUUCAGUUUGCGCGGAAACAUGAGCUUGCCUAAUCUUAGCAACAACAAUCACGCAUCGUCGCCCAUUUAUAGUGCCACGACUAGCACAACCGGCAACAAAUCCGUGCCAAGAAAGUCUUCAAAAAAUGAUGUCUUACGUGCGGCUGUGGGCUUGCUGCUGAAGCAAAAGAACUAUGUGGGCAACGAAAAGUUUCGCAAAUCGGAUUUAAUUUUGCUGCAGAACAAAAAUCAGUUCGCCGUGCACAAAAUGCUGGAGAGUGACGUGCAUGGCGGGAACAGCUUCACAUACUCUAAUGUGCAGGUUAUCACAAAUAAUCAGCAGAUGAUUGAUCAGCAGUUCGGACGCUUUUCACAGUUCGUCGAGGCGCAAAUAGAACCGUUGCGCUUAGAAAUGAAACGCUUCUAUGCACCGAUGUUGUGCCAUCUCUACCUAGAACUAUUAAAGGCGCGCGAAUCGAAAGGUGCUGUGGAUUUUCUCAAAAAAUAUGCGCACCUUGUUGCACCGGUGGAUUUAUAUGAUGCACCGCUUCCUACAAAAAUCAAUGGAUGCUCGGUUACAAAUGAAUCACAGGUCGUUACAGCAACGGACACCUCUUGCCACAUACGCUUUGCACGUGAGGCACAAGACACGGGGGAUGCGGAGCUAGACUACUUUAUGAAAUUGGUACAAAUAUUGUCGGGUUGCACGAAAAUGGAGACGGCCGAGUCGGACUCCACAGUGGCGCACUUCCGCGCCUCCAAAUACGAAAUACACACAACCGCUCAAGUAGUUGACAAAAUGUGCACCUAUUUGCAGCAGCGAGGGCAUGUGCUCAUCACGAAUCUCAUCUAUACAUGGCUUCACGUGCGCGCCAUUGACAAUGAGCAGCGCCUCUUUACAGAGGAUCACCUGCUGUUGGGCACAACAGAUGAUAUAGAUGCUGACGAUGGCAUUCUGUCAGAGGAUUAUGGCGCCAGCUUACCUGCAACAAUAGCUAGUAGCAGUCGCAGUGAGCACAAGAACAAAUCCAGCGAUAAGUCAAGCAAAAAACGCCCAGCUGAAGAACCCACCAUUAAAUUAGAGACGGAGACAAAGUCAGAGACAAGCGGCACCGUCGACUCUGCGGUUGAUUGCAAAAGCAAACCGCAGCCGCUUGCACUCAAUAUUGACACCUGCCUCCAAACGCUUAAAACCUCCAGUACACAAAUACAAAAAACCCAAGUAGAGCUCCCGCGUUUCUUCCAGAUUAGCGAAAAGUCACGGGGACUCACGUCAGCGCACAUCGAUGUCAAUGAAUGCCACAUGUUGGCUGGAUUUGACAACUCAGCCAUACAGCUGUGGCAGCUAAAUCAGAACAGUUGCCGUGGUAAACACUUUUACAGGCGGUUUCAACAAUCGCAAUGUCCUUGGGAAUUGAACAAUUGCGACCAGGAAGAAGGUGAGGAGUUCGACAGUGAUGAUGAGGUGUCGAGGCUGACUACUGAGGAGCGUAGAGACCGCGACAAGGCAUUGCGUAGCAAAUACCCAGGCAACUCAUUCAAUGAAUAUGGAGGCAUACAACUUCGUGGUCACACUUGUGGGGUCACAGGCGUGCGUUUCUCGGCUCACUACUCCCUGCUCUACAGCGUGUCCAAGGACAGCACAUUACGCUGUUGGCGGGCCCACAAUUUGCACUGUGCCGGCAUUUAUCGCAGUCACAAUUACCCCAUUUGGUGCAUGGAUGAAAGCCCAGUGGGGCAAUACGUAGUGACAGGCUCAAAGGACUUAAGCGCACGACUGUGGUCGCUCGAGCGCGAGUAUGCACUGAUUAUUUAUGCUGGCCAUACACAGGACGUGGAAUGCAUUGCAUUUCAUCCCAAUGGAAAUUAUAUAGCCACCGGUUCAGCUGAUCAUUCGGUGCGGCUAUGGUGCACCACUAGCGGCAAACUGAUGCGUGUCUUCGCCGAUUGCCGUCAGGCGGUUACAACUCUGGCAUUUAGCCCCGAUGGCAAAAUGUUGGCGGCCGGUGGCGAGGAGUCGAAAGUGCGCAUAUUCGAUAUUGCUGCUGGGACACAGCUGACUGAGCUGAAGGACCAUAGUUCGACCGUUAGUUCGCUGGCCUGGAGCGCCUAUAAUCAUCACCUGGCAACAACCUGCCACGAUGGCACUUUGCGCCUGUGGGAUAUCAAGAAAUUGGCACCAAUGAGCGACAACAAUUCAUCAUCGUCAUCCUCAUCAGCUACAACGAUUCGUCUGCUAUCUCUGAACAGUUCCUGCCAACGCUUGGUCGAAGUAUUCUACGGGCGUAGCAAAACGCUCUAUUGCAUAGGAUCUUAAAAACUCAAUUUCUUUAUUGUUCAUUUUUGUUUUGUAUUCGUUUAUUGUAAUAAGUCUGUAUAAUAUUACUGUUAUAACUCUAUAUAUGUAUAAA